CGGCGGGGAGGCGGGGCUGGCGGGCAGGCGGGCGCGCGCGGAGGCAGUGCGAGCGGCUGACAUGGCGCACUUGGGGCGUCUCCUGGUUCCCCUGGCAGCCCUGGUCCUGUUGCUCUGGGCGGUCCCUGGGGCCCACGGGCGGCGGAGCAACGUGCGCGUCCUCACCGAUGAGAACUGGACCUCGUUGCUGGAAGGAGAGUGGAUGAUAGAAUUCUACGCUCCCUGGUGCCCAGCUUGUCAGAACCUUCAGCCAGAAUGGGAGAGUUUUGCCGAAUGGGGUGAAGAUCUUGAGGUUAAAGUUGCAAAAGUAGACGUCACAGAGCAGACAGGACUGAGUGGACGGUUUAUCAUAACUGCCCUUCCUUCUAUUUAUCAUUGUAAAGAUGGUGAGUUUAGGCGUUACCUGGGACCAAGGACCAAGAAGGACUUCAUAAACUUCGUAAGUGAGAAGGAAUGGAAGAAUGUUGAACCUGUGUCAUCAUGGUUUGGCCCAAGUUCUGUUCUGAUGACUACGAUGUCAGCACUUUUUCAGCUCUCUGUAUACAUCAGGACUAGUCACAGCUAUUUCGUUCACGACCUUGGUUUACCAGCGUGGGGCUCAUACUUGGUUUUUGCAUUCGCCACUGUGCUUUCAGGACUGAUGUUGGGACUUUUUAUGAUAUUUGUGGCAGAUUGCUUUUGUCCUUCAAAAAGGCGCAAACCACAGCAACAACCUCCAAAAAAACCCUCACCAGAAUUUUCUCAACCUCUGAAAAAAGUGGAGGAGGAACAAGAGGCUGAUGAAGAAGAUGUUUCAGAAGAGGAAAUCGAAAAUAAAGAGGAAACAAGCAAAGACACUCCUCAGAGUGCCAUAAGACAGCGCUGUGUGGGCCCAUCAUUGGCCACAGAGAAAUCCUAAUUUUUACAGAUGUCUUAAUAUUAUGGUUUUGACAAAACAGAAGAUUGCUAUCAUUUCUCUGUUUUAAAGUGAACUGUGAUUUGCUUGUACAUACAGUCUAGGUUGUCAUUAGGUUGGACAGUUCAUUCAGAAAAUAAAGCAGUUAGGUGUAACAGUUUGAAAUAUGUUUUAAGAAUAUUAUGAUGUUUUAAAGUUGUUUAAUUUCAGAAGAUCCUGGUGCCAAGCAGUAAGAUUUGUGUUUAUAUUUAAUGAUCUAUUCAUGUAAGAUUCAAAACUGCCUUUCCCACGAUUUGCAUUACUGGGGUAUUUAAGAAAAUUACUUUAGAGAGAGAUAGUUCUCAUUUCACAUCAUUUUUCUCAGUUUCACUGUGUGAAAAAAGGAACAUAUUUCCCAUAACUGGGAACGUUGCCCAUUGUUUCAAGAUGUGUACUUCAUUGAUAAUGCUGCGCUUAUCCAUAGCUUCAUCAUAGGUUUUGGACUAUACAGCUAACAGAACUACCUUCUUUGUAGCUUUCAUUUCUAUACAUCACAUCUAGGAUAUGCUGCUCACUUCAAAGUUUUUAUAAGUUUGUGGUAUUGUGUUAAUUCCUAAGGUUGGUGGCCUGCUUUGGUCCUCUUGUUGACUAUAUGAAUUUUUUUUUUUUUUUGCCAUGGGUUAUAUUUUUAAGUUCAAUAAAAUUAACAGUAUCACUGUUGUGUUUACUGUGGGUAAACAGUA